AUGGGCUGCUCUGGAGGUUCUGGAGGCUGUGCGUCCGGCUGUGGAGGCUGCGGUGGAGGCUGUGGAUCUGGGGGCUGCGUGCCCGUGUGCUGCACGACCUGCUGUAAGCCAGUGUGCUGCAGCUCUGGUUGCGGCAAAGGAGGCUGUGGCUCCUGUGGAGGCUCCAAAGGAGGCUGUGGUUCUUGCGGAGGCUGUGGAUCCUGUGGAGGCUGUGGCUCAUGUGGAGGCUCCAAAGGAGGCUGUGGUUCUUGUGGAGGUAGCAAAGGAGGCUGCGGGUCCUGCGGAGGUGGCAAAGGAGGCUGUGGCUCGUGCGGAGGCUGUGGUUCAUGUGGAGGCGGUAAAGGAGGCUGUGGCUCAUGUGGAGGCUGUGGUUCCUGCUGCCAGUCCAGUUGCUGUGUGCCCUGCUGCUCUCAGACCUGCUGCUGUGUGCCGUGCUGUAAGCCCACCUGCUGCCAGACCAGCUGCUGCGUGCCCUGCUGCUCCCAGACCAGCUGCUGUGUGCCCUGCUGUGCGCCCUCCUGCUGCCAGACCGGCUGCUGUGUGCCCUGCUGUGCCCAGACCAGCUGCUGUAAGCCUGCCUGCUGCCAGUCCGGCUGCUGUGUGCCCUGCUGUAAGCCCCCCUGCUGUGCCCAGGCCAGCUGUGGUCACCCCCUUUGCUGCCAGUGCAAGAUCUAA